GCUACGUUCACUCGGGGUGGGAAAAACGAUUUCCACGAAAAACUUUUCGUUGUUAAAAUAUUUUAUACCUAAAAAGUCAUAAAACAAAGAGCGAAUUGUAAAAUGUUCAUUGUGAUGUAGAUGGUGGUUUGUGAUCGUGUUAUGAAAAUUGUAUACUUAUGUGCUUAAUAGAUUUAUUAGUGAAAUUAUAUUAUAUUUAGCGCAUUUAAUCGAAAGAGUUUAUAUUUAAAAAUGAAGCUGACAAUAUGUGAGGCGACAGUUAUAUUUGUAUUAUUUCAACUGAGCACACCAAUUGUAAUGCAGAGGAGAAGAAAUGAAUUGUAUUCAAGGGAUUGUUCGUUGUACGAGUUUAUGAAAACAGCGAAUUGCGUUUCGGAUCACAGCCGGCUGUUUUGUAAAGGAGGGUUCACAAGCGAGUGGGUUAAUGCGGUAAAGUAUGAAAUAACACAUUUAAAAAUAUUGGAAUGGCCGGGGCUGUGUUUGAACGUAGCUCGCUUGCAGCAUCACUUUCCCGCGCUGCGAGCUCUGGAGAUCGUCAACUGUUCGAUCUUAACAACUUUCAAAGGACGCUUUGAAGACUCCAGUAAGAUUGAAAAAAUUGGUCUACAUGGAUUGACAUCGCUUUGGGAAGUUCCUGCCGACUUGGUGUCAAGGAUGUCAGAACUCCGAGAGUUGGAUUUAAGAGGGAAUGAAUUGAGACAUAUCCGCGUUGCUAUGGUAACGGAGCCUCCGCUAUUAGAGCGGGUGCAUCUCAACAAUAAUAAAUGGGACUGUAGCGAUGGUGGAUUAGACUGGCUGGCAAUAGAACAAGAUAACAGUACUGUUAGAACACGUAUCGUCGACUAUUAUCAGUUAAUUUGCAAUCAAAGGCUUUAUAAAGGAAAACCUCUUCAUAAAGUCAUGGAUAUCAUAAAGAUGGUGCGUCAAACGUGCCCAGAGCCGUGUGCUUGCGCGAUGACCCAUGUAGUAUCGGACUUGGAAGGGGCUGUGAUUCCAAUGAUCACGGUCGAUUGCUCCAACAGACAUUUAGAAGUGCCCCCGGCGACGUUGCCUCCCGGAACUACGACCCUAAGGCUCGAAAAUAAUAAGAUAAGUACUAUAAGAAUGAUAAUCCAGAAUCCUCAGUAUAAGAAGCUUGCAGAUUUAUAUCUAGACAAUAACAGUAUAUCUGCUGUUAAAGAGUUGGAAGGUUCAGAAUGGUUUGGAACUUUUCGUGUUCUGAGUUUACGCGGCAAUUUGUUAAAGCAGAUUCCAGUGUACGCAUUCGAUAAGGCGAUACAAGUCAACAAUAAUAUAAUGCACGUGAUGUUGGGUCACAAUCCUUGGCGGUGCGAUUGUCACUUCAUACCGAGGUUCCAAGCUUUGCUGCAUAAAUACAAGAGAGUGAUACGCGAUCAACAUGACAUUAGGUGUCCGAAGUCUGACGAUAAAACGGUUUCACAUGUACAGAUCAGCACAAUAUCAUUAGGCCACGUGUGCAGUAAAGGAGAGCAAGUGGAGAUGCCUAUAAGUUAUAUUAACAUAGUAAAUUUAGUACUAAUGGCUCUCAUAAUGUUAAUUCUUGGGAGAUUUCUUUACGAUUGGCACACAUUCAAGACGACGGGAAAAUUACCUUGGCUAUCAUCGAUAUUACCUUAGAUUAUGUAUAAAGAGUUUCAUUUAUGUUAAAUGAAAUCGGAAUAUAAUGAAAUUCUCAUAAAGCUGUGGCUGAGAAUAUCUCUCGGAUUUAUUUACGCACAGAAAGGUUUUCCGUACGAUAAAUAUUGUUGUUGGUUACCGAAGUGGAUUGUUGCGUGAAUUAGCAACUUUCGUUGUCUGUUAAAACUGAAAUACGGUAUAAUGUAUAGAAUAA